CCCGGAGUUUAUUUCAGAUACACCGGAAGUCAGGGAGCUUUUUCCUGCAUAAGCCUUUUAGCUAGGUUCACAAGGUUUUUAACAAUUGCUACUUUAAUCUGUAUGAACUAAAAUACAGCAAUCAAUAUGUUGAUUAAAGUUAAGACACUCACAGGCAAAGAAAUAGAAAUUGACAUCGAGCCUACAGACAAGGUGGAGAGAAUCAAAGAGAGGGUGGAAGAAAAGGAGGGGAUCCCACCACAACAGCAAAGACUCAUUUACAGCGGAAAACAAAUGAAUGAUGAGAAGACUGCUGCUGACUACAAGAUCCAGGGAGGAUCUGUCCUGCAUUUAGUUCUGGCUCUCAGAGGAGGCCAAAGCCUGCACUAGCCCUGCAGUCACCCAGUGUCUUUCCUCUAAUCUGUUAAGAUUGUAAAUAGAAGAAAUCUGUGUUAUCAUGCACAUCAAAACAAACAGCAGGAUUCAGGCUCUGGUGUUUACAGCUAAAAGUGGACAUUUUGGCUUUUCAUAAAUCACAUUAUGUUAGUGUGAUCACAGUGAACAUAUGCAUCCCGCACACUGUUUACAACCUAGAUUUUAGAUCAUAUUAAAGUUUGUGUCUGCCCCUUUCAUUCUAUAGUAUAUGACAGUAAAAAAAACUAGUGCACAUGAAGAACUGUUUACUUUAGUUUUAAGAAAGAUAAGUUUGCAUUAUCCCUUGCUGUUUAAAAAAAUAAAUUCAACUCAUUCUCCUCA